AUGGCGACCGCCUGGAGCCUAUCGUCGUCAUCGUCGACGCUUCGCAGCGCGACGUUUUCCGGCCUUCGCUGCUCCACCCGCGCGGCGAAAGCCCCUUCUGCCGCACGGUUCCCAGCCUCCGCGUCUCGCGCCGUGGUUUGCGCUGCACGGAAGCGGCGAUCGCCGUCCAAUUCGCGUGCCGCGGCCGAGGGGUCGUCGGCGCUCGAGGUGUCAGAUCAGGCGGAGCAGCAAGCGGAGCAUGUUGAGCAGGAGGAGCAGGAGCAGGCAGAGAUCGUUUCUGAUAUCGUCGGAAACAACGGAGCGAAUGUCUUCGCUUCAGAGGACAUGGACAUUCAUCUGCACCUGCUGCAAAGCGACCUGGAGGUGGACGCAGUGGUGGCGGCGGACAUGAAGGAGAACGGCUCUCGCAGCACGAGGCGCACGAAGCUGAUCUGCACGGUGGGGCCCUCCUCCUGCUCCUUCAAGCAGCUGGAGGCGCUGGCGUCGGGAGGCAUGAACGUGGCCCGACUCAACAUGUGCCACGGCACCCACGAGUGGCACCGGGACGUGGUGGACAAGGUGCGGCGGCUGAACGCGGAGAAGGGGUAUUCCAUCGCCAUCAUGAUGGAUACGGAGGGUAGUGAGAUCCACCUGGGUGAUUUACCCGACGACUCGUCCGUGAAGGCUGAGGACGGCGACUUGUGGACGUUCACAGUGCGCCAGUUCCCGGGACCCCUGCCGCCCCAGACAGUGCAGGUCAACUAUGAUGGCUUUGUGGACGACAUCACGGUGGGGGAUGAGGUGGUGGCAGACGGAGGCAUGGUGCGCUUCCAGGUGCUCAGGAAGAUUGGCCCUGAUGUCACCGUGAGGGUCAUUGACGCGGGGCUCAUCCUGCCGCGUGCCAAUGUCACUUUCUUUCGUGACGGCAAGCUCGUUCGUGGGCGCAACUCCAUGCUGCCUACUAUUUCUUCUAAGGAUUGGAUUGACAUUGACUUUGGCAUCGCCAUGGGGGUGGAUUUCAUCGCCAUCUCGUUCGUCAAGUCUCCUGACGUCAUCACGCACCUCCGCAGCUACAUCAACGCUCGCUCGCCCAACCGGUACAUCGGGCUGAUCUCCAAGAUCGAGAGCUGCGAGUCCAUUGCUCGUUUGGAGGAGAUCAUAGCCGUCUCUGAUGGCGCCAUGGUGGCAAGAGGCGACCUGGGGGCGCAGAUUCCCCUCGAAGAGGUGCCGUCAGUCCAGCAGGACAUUGUGCAGAUCUGCCGCGACCUCAACAAGCCGGUAAUCGUGGCAUCUCAGCUGCUGGAGUCGAUGAUUGAGUUUCCCACGCCCACGCGCGCUGAGGUGGCCGAUACAGCAGAGGCAGUGAGGCAACGUGCCGAUGCGCUGAUGCUGUCAGGCGAGUCAGCCAUCGGGCAGUUCCCAGAGAAGGCACUGGCAGUGCUGCGCACCGUGGCCACCAGGAUAGAGGGGUACGGGCGGGCAGCGCACAGUGGCGAGCAGGAGGCGGACAUUGCUCUGCUGCCGGAGCUCUCUGACGUGCUUUCUGAGCGUAUCUCAGAGCAGAUCUGCGCCGCUGCUGCCCACAUGGCCGCCAAGCUGAAGGUGGAUGCCAUAUUUGUGUAUACCCACCGCGGCUACAUGGCAUCGCUGCUCUCGCGCUGCCGCCCCGACUGCCCCAUCUUCGCCUUCACCUCCUCGCAGGGCGUGCGGCAGCAGCUGAACCUGUCGUGGGGGCUCAUCCCGUUCCGCCUGGACUUCUCAGACGACAUGGAGUCCAACAUCCAGCGCACCUUCAACCUGCUCAAGGCGCGCGGCAUGAUGAAGUCGGGAGACCUGGUGAUCACAGUCUCAGACAUCAUUGGCAGCGAUACCACUUUCGAUGGAGGGCUGCAGUCCAUGCAUAAAAUACCCCAUCCCAUGUGUGAGACACUCCAUCCCAUCCCAUGUGUGCAGGCACGGGGCAUGAUGAAGUCGGGAGACCUGGUGAUCACAGUCUCAGACAUCAUUGGCAGCGAUACCACCUUUGACGGAGGGCUGCAGUCCAUGCAGAUCCGCAAUGUGCCGUGA